AUGCAUAUCCCAACCCUACUCUUUUACAUCCUGGAAUUAGCUUCCAUUGCAUCAGCGUUUCCCAGCCGAAUCUCAAAUGCAAACAAGCUAUUUCCUCGCAAUUUGAUACAAAAACUAGAUGGAAAUGCCGAUAAAGACAGUCUGCGGUACCAGCCAGCCCUCGACUUUGACAAGGACAGUUGCUACCACACUGCAGCUAUCGAUAUCGAUGGAAGAGUAAACGAGGGUCUCCCCAGAUUUGGAAGUGUAAAACGCGACUGCCGUGACAAACUUCGUCUCGACAACGCAAACGUCUACACAAGGAAACGCUGCAACAACGGCUGGUGCGCAUACAUAACGGGUAUGCCAUGGAGCGGCCACGUACACGAUUGGGAAAACGCAGUGGUCUUUGUCAAAAACAACACCAUCCGACGCGUCGCAGUCUCAGCAAACGGAAGAUACCAUUCCACGAGCAAGCCCCUACUACAAGAUGGCCAUCCUUUGAUCGUGUACCACAAGCUUUUUUUACGAACUCAUUCUCUUCGAUUAGCGAAGGAUAAGGACCUUAAAAAGGUUAAGAAUCAUUACGGGGAGUGGGUUAUUGCUGAUCUGGUCGGCUGGGAUGGGUAUCCUAGUAAGGAGUUCAAGGAGAGCUUGUUGAAUCAUAAGUUUGGGAAGGCGAAUUUUCAUUUGAGGGAUGGGCAGUUUGAGUGGAGUUUGGAGAAGGCAGCGAAGGAUGGUGUUCCUGGGUUCGAUUGCCUGAAGGAUGGAGGGGAUGAGUAUAAAGACAAGGACAAAGAUGAAGAAAAGAAUAAACAUGAAGAGAAUGAGAAGGAUGAAGGGAAAGACAAGGGCAAGGAUGAAAAGAAGGGGAACGAUGAAAACAAGGAGAAGGAUAAAGACAAAUAG